GUGUGUGUGUGAGUUCCACGUGUGUGUGAGUUCCACAGGUGUGUGUGUGAGUUCCACGUGUGUGUGAGUUCCACAGAGGUGAACAUGGACCCUGCUGUUGUGGAGACAUUAAUAUUAAAGCUUCAUGAUGUUGACGCGGUGAAGUUCGGCACGUUUACGCUGAAGACCGGACUGAAGUCCCCGGUUUACUUUGACCUGCGUGUGAUCGUGUCUCAUCCUCACUUAAUGACCCAGGUUUCAGCGCUGCUGCAUCAGUGUGCUGAAGAAGCCGGAGCCAAGUUUGACUGUGUGUGUGGAGUACCGUACACCGCUCUUCCUUUUGCUACCAUCAUCUGCUCCACCCACAACUACCCUAUGCUUAUCCGCCGCAAAGAGGCCAAGGACUACGGAACCAAGCGUCUGAUCGAGGGCACUGUGCGUGCAGGUGAAGUCUGCCUGGUCGUGGAGGAUGUGGUGACGAGCGGCAGCAGUGUUAUGGAUACAGUGCAGGAGCUCCAGGCUCAGGGGUUAAAGGUCACAGACACAGUGGUGCUGUUGGACCGUGAGCAGGGCGGAGCAGAGCGACUGUCCAGUGAGGGGAUCUCUCUCCACUCCGUCAUCUCUGUCUCUCACCUUCUGGACGUUCUCUUCCGAUCAGGACGAAUCGACCAGCAGGUCUUCAGCAGUGUGAAGAAGUUCAUCCAGGAGAACCAGACGUUCAUGCCGGCAGGAGAGCAGAAGGAGAACGGUACAGAAAAGGAGGAGAAGGAGGAUAGCGGAGUGAUGAGUUACGGCGCUCGGGCCGCUCUCUCCACCACACACCCUGUCGCCAAACGUCUGUUCACGCUGAUGGAGGAGAAACGCACCAACCUGUGUGUCUCAGCGGACGUCACACACAUGCAGGAGCUGCUGGAGCUGGCGGAGACGCUCGGGCCGCUCAUUUGUGUGAUGAAGACACACGUAGAUAUUCUGCAGGACUUCAGCAUUGACGCUAUCAACAAGCUGAAGGAGCUGAGCACAAAACACAACUUCCUCAUCUUCGAGGACAGAAAAUUCGCUGACAUCGGAAACACAGUCAGACUUCAGUAUGAAGGUGGUGUGUAUCGCAUCUCCUCGUGGGCACACAUCGUUAACGCUCACUCUGUGUCUGGCCCUGGCGUGGUCAAAGGGCUGAAGGAUGUGGGGCAGAGUCUCGAUCACGGCUGUUUACUCAUCGCUCAGAUGAGCUCACAGGGAGCGAUGACAACUGAACAGUACACACACGCUACGGUAAAAAUGGCAGAUGAUCACCCAGACUUUGUGUUUGGGUUCAUCAGUGGGUCAAAGGUCAGUGAUAAACCUGAGCAUGUUCACAUGACCCCAGGGGUACAGCUACAGAGUGGAGGAGACGACCUCGGGCAGCAGUACACCACCCCAGAUCACGUGAUCGGCUCUAAAGGCUCUGAUGUCAUCAUCGUUGGACGAGGAAUCCUGUUGGCGCGCGACAGGCAGAGGGAAGCGAAGCAGUACAGGAAGGCAGGAUGGGAGGCGUAUCUCAGGAGACUCUCCGCAUAACCACAUCAGAUCCAGCCUUUAAUCCUCACAUUCCUGGUUUAAUCCUGAUCUCCAACUUGUGCUGGAUUUCACUGUUCUUAACGUACCACAGUUCACUUCCCCUCAUCCCCAGAGUUCAGUUUAGUUGGACUUACCUGUGUGUGUUCAGUCUGUGUGUUGAGUAGCUGGAUUGUUUGCUGCUAGCUUGUCUGGCUAGUUAUGCUAACCUGAUGAUGCCGUCGUGUCUUAGCAGUGAAUCCAGUCUUAAGGAUCGAGUGACUCGACUGUCAGCUGACAAACACUGAGUCAUCCGUACAGAAGUUCAGCAGCCAAUCAGGUGGUGAGGAAUUGAACAAAGGAGCGUUUAAACUUCAUUGCAAUACAACCGUGGAGUUUUCUCUGGUUAUAACAGUUCUGCCUUAAUUAAACCUUAAUGAUUUUUUUUUGAUGGUGUUAAUUUGCUUUUAUUCAUUAAGAGAAUUUAAACUUCUGUAAUUACAAAACGAGUCAGGAAGUAAAUCUUUGUUUGUAUUCGAUCCAUCGUACAAAUCUGACGUACGUUGUGUUUAAAAUCCUGUAGUUAAAUAUUCCAUGUAACUAGUGAUGGUGAGCGAAGUGUUUAUUCAUCUCCAUCAUGGUGUUGAGUUGAAACUGAACCUUCUGUAGGUCAAUAAAAAUGUUCAGUUCUGUCUGCUGUGUUUUUAUUUUUUGGACACAGACGUCUUCCUGUAGACUGUCUGCACUUCUCUUUCAGGAUGGAGUUUGUUCUUCUUUUUGUCCAUCAUUCUGUGCUUAAAAUAUGUCAAAUAAACUUUAAUUAUACGGCCGUCUAAGAGCUGGA